UUCUGCAGUACACAACACACGCAGUGUCAUCGUUUUUCCCUCGAGUGUGUUACGAUGAUGAGUUUACGCAGGAUUUCAUCCCUGAUGAGGUCUCAAAAAAAGGCAGCCCAGCGAUGGCAUCAUACUAGUUUGACAAAUGACCUAAUUGAAAACAUGGACAAGAAAGUAACAUGGGACAGGUUUUAUACAGAAAAUAACAGAAAAGGGAAUUUCAAGAAUUUUGAAUGGUUCUUUGGCUUCGACUCUGUCAAAGAAUACAUCCUGCCUCUGGUGCAGACCACAUGCAAUACUAAUUCACCAUUGCAUGUUCUGGACAUUGGCUGUGGCACCUCUGCCAUGGGGCCUUGCAUAUAUACUCACUCACAGUCCGCUGUGAAUGUCACAUGUGCUGACAUUUCCCCAGUGGCAGUGCGACUGAUGCAGGAACACGUUGGGAGCACGUUACCACAGCCCCGCAACCCGUCCUCAACAGUCGUCUUCCGAGAAAUGGAUUGCACAGAACUAGAAGGAUACUUUGGGCCCAGGAGCCUGGCUCUGAUAGUAGACAAGGGUACAACAGAUGCUCUGGUGAGGUCCAAAAUGGGGCAAGCGAAGGCUGGUCAGAUUCUAAAACAGUGCCUGAAGGUGCUGAGACCAUCAGGGAGCCUGCUCCAGUUCUCAGAUGAAGAUCCCGAUGCCCGGCUGCUCUGGCUGGAAAUGGAGAGUCAAGAUUCGGAAGUGGCAGUUGACGUAGGGCUGUGGGAAGUGGGGGAGUUAAGAGGGGUCACAUAUUUUUGCUAUCAUAUAUCCCCUUCUGUGAAUCAGCACUGACACCGAAUAUUACAGUAUAUUCUACUUGAACAAGCGAAACAUGUCUUGUGGUUUAUUCCAUCAUUCAGAACAUCAGAUGACUAUUGAAGAGUAUCAUUGUUUGAACCUUUCUUGACCCCACGUAUGCGCAAAGCAAGUCCUCAUGACAUCUGCAUAAAAUCAAUUUUUAAUGCUUGCAUUACAGAUGAAGUACCAUGACUACACAACUUUGUCAUGAUUUAAAAGAAAGAAACCCUGAGAUCAUAGCAAGGAUAAUCAAGUACAGUAUUGUAAUGGGGUCUAUAAUGGCUGGUAUUGUGUCCAAAGUGUGCUGGCAUGCAUCUGAAAUAAACUGGAACAUCAAGGAGUUGUAUAUAAUACAAAAUGGGUGUUAUGCUAUGUAAAUGUAAAUAUAAUGUAAAUGCCAUUCAUAUAAAUUAACACCAAGAAUAGCCUGAAAUGAUUAAGAAAUUGAGUGCUAACUACAAAACUCCCCUCUCCUUCUUUGGCACACAUAAUGAAUGGAUAACACUUUUUACAGUUUACCUCAAACCAAAGAACAUCGGUUUAAAGGUUUGCAUCCCAAUAAUAUUCACAAUUAGUGAAAUUCUAUGUGGGUUCUUCGGGACAACAUCUAAACCACCACGUUACCCCUCGAAAAAAUAAACCUUUGGCUGCUUUCAGUAUCCAUUGAGAGGUUUUGGCUUCUGCCGAGUAUAUGGGUUAUGCUGUCGUUUUCUGUGUUUUUUCUUCAUCACAAACUUACUCCCUGGCCAGGAGGGGGCAGCAGACACAGGUUUGCCAUUAGGACGAGGCAGGCUAUUGUUGCCACCUUAAAUAUGGAGAAAUGAGAAAUGUAUGUUAAUAUGUCCCUCAAACAGAACAUUACAUAGGUCAUUACAACAAACCCUUAAAAGACAAUGGGAAAGAACAUCCUGACGCAUUUUACUUCUAGAGCAUGAUGUAUAAGUAAAUGAAUCGGGCAAUAUCGGGACUUGAUUCAUCAAUUGGAAUUUGACUGAACUGUGAAAUCAUGCUAAAAUAUUAUUGUUCAGUAUUAUUUUCCCCAUUCACCUAGCCUUGGAGAUGUAGCCAACAAUCAAAAAAAUUUUUAGAAGUUGGUAGAAGCUACAUUUUGAUGAAAGGUUAAAGAAAAUUUAUAUUUAUGAAUACUGAUCAAUCAUAUACAAUGGAUGGGGAAAAAAAGAUACGUUUUGUUUUCAGGUUGUCUGAAAAUCUG